UCAGUAAACAUUUAACCCAGAAGAACUUAACAUCUACACUAAAACCCAUACACCAUCCACCACACAAACUUUAGACUUGGGAAUCCUUAAAAUUGAAUUAUCUUGCCACAAUGAUGUAUUCUUGGGUUUUAUAUAUCUUUAUCAUUUCUGGUAGGCUUAUAUCAGGACUAGAUGAGAUUGUUCAAACUUCUGCUGUGAUAGAAACCAAUGCCAAAGACGUAACUUGUAAUGACUGUAAUAACAAUGAAGACAUUGUAGAACCUAAUGAGACAGUUGAAGACAACCUGGAGUCAAACCAUGAGCAACAAGAUCAAUUUGAUGAUUUUGCCCUCAUCAAAGAGUCUGAUGCUGGUCCUACUCACAGGCCAAGAGGUGGAAGAUCAAUGAGUUUAGUGUCUGUUGUGUUUCCUGAAAUACUGGUUGUGGUUGAUCAUGCUCUUUUCCUAAAGCUUGACAGCUCUGAGUCCAAAACUAAAGAUUAUGUAACAUUAUUCAUGUCAGCGGUAAACCAACGAUAUAAAGGCAUGACUUCACCAAGAAUAGAAUUGAAGAUUGCUGAAAUUAAGAUUGGAAAAUCUGCCUCUGACACUCCUUAUCUUGCUUCAAAUAUUGUCAAUGGAGGCUCUUUUGAGGCUCAGGGGGCUUUAGAGGAUCUUGGAAGAUACUUCUUUAAGAAGGAAUUUUCUAAUUUUGUAUAUGACAUCGUACUUGUACUGACAGGACAGGAAAUGUGUACAUACAAGGGUAAGUUCUGUAACCCAUCAACAGCUGGCUAUGCAUAUGUAGGCGGUGCCUGCGUGGUCAACUCUAGGUUGAACAGGAUAAACAGUGUUGGUAUAGUUGAGGACUGUGGAGGAUAUUCUGGUGUUAUUGUUGCAGCCCAUGAGAUUGCUCAUCUGUUAGGAGCUCAACAUGAUGGACAACCAGCACCUGCCUAUAUAGGAGGUCCUGGAGCAAGCAGUUGCAGUUGGAAGGACGGAUACAUCAUGUCAGAUGACAGACGUACCAACAAAGGUCACACUUGGUCAACCUGUUCUAGGUCUCAGAUGACGCAUUAUUUAAAUACCCAAUCUGCCAGCUGCUUGUAUAACUCCCUGAAACAAGAAAAAUAUCCCCUCCAAGAAUUAUCUGGACUUGUUAGCAGAGCCUCAACAGCUGAUGAACAGUGCAUGAAAGAAAAAGGAACCCGAUCUUGCUUCUCUGACAGCAGAAUUUGUACACAGCUGUUUUGCGUUGAUAAUAAAACCGGUUCUUGUUUAUCCUACCGACCUGCUCUAGAGGGGACAGCUUGUGAUGGAAAUGGAUUCUGCUCAGAUGGUAUUUGUAAAAAAUUUAAAAACUUGAGUCCAUUUGUAACCGUCAAGAAAUUGUGGAUGGAACCCCGUAUGGAAAAUAAAAUUGCCCCAACAGAACCUCAUGUGGAAAAGCUAAUAGUUCCAUCAGAACCCAGGGUGGAAAAAUUAACAGUUCCAACAUCUUCAGUGUUUAUUAACAGUAUCAAGGAUACUGAAUCUGUCUGUAAGGACCAGGAUGGAGCAGCAGGACAUGGACUGAGCUGUCAACAGCUGUAUAGAAGCUUUGCCUUUGCUUACUGCUCUAAUAUGAAGCUGAAAGAAAAGUGUUGUUCUUCUUACAUAAAAUAUUGUUAACCAAACCAAAUUAAAAACACAUAUUGUAUUAAAUCAAACUAUUUAAUUGUGAAAUCAAAGUAACAUGUAACUGUGUACCUGAAGUAAUUUGUUCAUUAUUUGUUUUAUAUUGUUCCUUAUCGUAGAAUUAGCUGUUAUUGUUAUGAAUAUUGUGCAUUUGUUUAACUA